ACCCGGCAGCGCUUCCGUGAUGUACUGAUUAAGAUAGGAGGAGGGAUUAUCGUGCAUCUGUCUGCUUUUACUGCGAGGCUCAUAUUUUCCAUCAGACCAGCCCUCCUGCUGAUGACUGGGAGCAGGGCGACCAUGUGGGAGUCAUAUGAACACCGAACAUGAGGUGCGGACACGUCCUGAAGGAAACCCAGCUGGCGGAGGAGUCCCGGCACUAAACAGAGCACAGGGUACCUGAUUCGUCCCGGUGUUGAGACAUGAAUACGACCACCGCUCCACCCCGGCCGCCCGGAGGAGACGCGGCCCUGACGUACGUCCUGCUCCCUUUCUUCAUCGUCACCCUGGCCGGGAUCGUUGUGGCAGUGGUGAUGUACGUGAGGAGAAAGCAAAGGAUCGACCGGCUGCGGCAUCAACUGCUCCCGGUUUACACGUACGACCCGUCUGAGGAGCUGAAUGAAGCGGAACAGGAGACGCUGUGGAGAGAGGACGGCAACAAGGGCUGGAGGACGACGUACCAGCAGUGGUGGCCUCUUCUUCCCAAAGAUCCAAACAUUUAACCAAGAACUGUGGACUGGAGCCACUCAGACGGUCAGAUCUGUUUCACUGACGGACUCGAGAGCUUCACUUUCUGUUUCACACACACUGACCGACCCGGUCACACCGCUGUCCGUUCACGCCUCUUCGUGAAGCGCCCGUGGUCAGUUACAUGCUCUGCCACUGCGGUUUUUGUACGCUUGUGCACUCCAAGCUAAGCUAAGCUAACUCACUGAAUGUAAUUUUAGUUUCAUUUGUGGAAUUUCACAUACAAGGACCUGAUGGGUUUAAACCUUAAGACCUUCCGAUCGUGGGCGUAUGAAGACCUGUACCGUAUGAAGCCUUUCUGUCAUCUUGCGAUUAAACUGAAUGA